GCUAGAGAAUUGAGUGGCGGGAACUUUAAGGAUUCGGUGAUUCCCUUGAAUGCUGGAAAGUACCGUACCUUUCCGCUCGUUCUCCUUGUCCGUGAAUUCGACUGAACUCCGAGGUUGCUUCUUGAUUGCAUUCCUAUUGAAACCGUGCACUGAUAUUUGAUUUCAACUUGUGAUGGAAGCUCCUAAGAAUUUUCCGUUCCCAUUCAUUCCUUACGGAAUACAAACAGAUUUUAUGAGGAAUCUUUAUGAGGCAAUUGAAGACGGGAAAAUUGGUAUUUUCGAAAGUCCAACUGGAACUGGGAAAUCAAUGAGCAUCAUUUGUGGAGCUUUAAAAUGGCUCCAGGAUAAUGACAAACGAAUUCGAGGAAUCCUUGAAGAGGGAACUGCAGUAACAGAAACAAAUGAUGAUGUUCCAACAAAAGCAACUGACGUUUCUGAAGAACCCGAUUGGAUCACAGAAUUUGUUCAAAAACAAGAGCAAAAAAAUGAAGAAAAAGAAAUGAGAGAUGUUGCUAAGAAAUUACAAUCAAGGGACAAAAAGAUGAAAAGAAUUCUAGACGGAAUACAGCGAGAUUCUUUUGAUGAACCAAGCAAGAAAAAGAUGAAAUAUGUGAAAGGAAUGCUGAAGCAAGAUGAAACUCUACAACUCAUGGAAGAAGCAAAAAGGGAACUUGAAAACCGUGACAAGAAUCAAACUGGCGCUGGUGACAAUGACAGUGUGGGCAAUGACACAGAAAUUGUAUUAGAUGAAUAUUACAGCGAUGAUGAGAAUGAAAAAAAAAUUGAUGAUGGAGAAGAUGAAGACAGUUGUGUUCAAAAAAUCUAUUAUUGCAGCAGAACACAUUCACAGCUUACACAAUUUAUUCGUGAAGUACAGAAAUCUUCUUAUAGUCAGACGUCGAAUGAUGAUUCCAACUUCUUUGUUACUGUUGUUCCUCUUGCUUCUCGUCAAUCUCUUUGUAUCAAUGAGUCUGUGCGAAGAUUAUCUUCUGUACAACAAAUGAAUGAAAGAUGUCUCGAUAUGCAGAAAAAUAUUACUAAGGAAAAAGAUGAGGACAAAGAAAAUAAAAACAAGAAGAAGAAAUCUAAAAGCACAUGUCCAUUCAAAACAACAUCCAAUGUAAAUGAUCUCAGUGAUAAAAUUCUUGGGAAAGUACAAGAUAUUGAGGAGAUUGUAAAAUCUGGCAAGGAAAUUACAGCUUGUCCAUACUAUGCUACUAGACAGGCUAUUCCUUUAGCACAAUUGAUUGUUGUUCCAUAUCAAACAUUGCUUCAUGAAUCUACAAGGAAAGCAUCAGGAAUCAAAUUGAAGGAUUCUGUCAUUAUUGUUGAUGAAGCACACAAUUUAGUUGAUACAAUCAGCAACAUCCAUAGUAUUGAGGUAACUUGUGCUCAAGUUCUACGUGCUCAUAACCAACUAACCCAAUACUCACAAAAGUUCAGUAAGCGACUCAAAGCAAAGAACUUGAUGUAUGUUAAACAAAUUUUGUUUAUACUGAGGAAACUUAUGUCUGUUAUGGGGAUUUCACAGUCUGCAACAGGUAUAUUGGAUGACCAUAAAUCCAUAAGAGGAAAUGAGAAUACAUCUUCGGGAAUUCAAAGAAAAGGACAAAUACAAACAACUUUGAUGACAAUUCAUAAUUUUUUGUUUAAAGCUAGCUUGGAUAAUAUUAAUCUUUAUAAGGUUUUGCGAUAUUGUGGAAGAAGCAUGAUAUCUCGAAAGUUGAAGGGGUUUGUUGAAAAAUAUGAAAAUUCUGGAUCAGUUUUGAAACAAGAAAGUUCAUCUUUAACAAAAUUCCUGUCAAAUGCUAAAAAAGUACAAGGCACAGAGCAGAACACAACAGAUAUCAACUCGGAUUCUAUGCAACCAGCGAUGAGAUCUCCACUUAUGCAUAUUGAAAAUUUUCUUUCAUCUCUUACUUCUAUGAAUGCCGAUGGUAGGAUUGCAUUAACGACAUUAAAACAUCAAAAUGGCCAAACAUUAAACCAAUCAGAAGUUAAGGAAAUUGCUUCAAUUAAGUUCCUUUUACUCAAUCCAGCAGCACAUUUUAAAGAUGUUGUAAAUGAAUGCCGUUCUUUGAUAGUUGCCGGUGGGACAAUGCAACCAUCAUCUAGUUUUGUCAACCAGUUACUUGCACCUCUCGGUGUGCCAAGCACCAAAAUAUUUGAGUUUUCAUGUGGACAUGUUAUUGAUAAAGAUCAGCUUCUACCUCUUGUUGUUUGUUCCGGCACAUCUGGAACACAAUUUGAAUUUACAUUUGAAAAAAGAAUGAAUUUUAAACUGAUUGAUGAACUUGGAAGAACUCUGUGUAAUCUAUGUAAUGUCGUACCGGGUGGAAUUGUUUGCUUCUUUCCUUCAUAUGAUUAUGAAAAGAUUGUUCAUACUAGAUGGAAUGAGACAGAAAUCUUGAAAAGAAUUUCGCUAAAGAAAAAGAUAUUUCGUGAACCAAAGAAAACAAGUCAAGUUGAUCAAAUAUUGAAUGAAUAUUCAACAUGUAUAAUGAGAACAAAAUCUGGGAACGAUAAGAUUACAGGUUCUCUGCUACUCAGUGUUGUUGGGGGAAAAAUGAGUGAAGGAAUUAAUUUUUCUGAUGACCUGGGAAGAUGUGUUGUUAUGGUUGGAUUACCAUAUCCUAACUUGUAUUCAGCAGAAUUGAAAGAAAAGAUGGCAUACUUGGAUGCAAAUAUGCCUAGAGUUGGAACAAAGUCAGCUGGACAGUCAUAUUAUGAGAAUUUGUGUAUGAAAGCUGUUAAUCAAUCCAUUGGAAGAGCCAUUCGCCAUAGAAAUGACCAUGCCUGCAUUGUACUUGCCGAUCAUCGUUAUGCAAAAAUGAACAUCAAAUCCCAAUUACCAUCAUGGAUUUCUGACAAACUACAAGUUGCUGACAGAUUUGGUAUUGCAUUCGGUGCUGUUCGAAAGUUUUUCAUGGAAAAGAAGACUGCAAGCAGAUGAAAUGAUAGCGCAAUUGAUAAGAAUGCUAAAAAGUAUCGUAAUCACAAAUUACAUUCCAUUUUCAACAUUCAACAGUACAUCCCCCAAUUUAAAAUAUAUAUGCUUAUUU